AUGGCUGCUCCCAAGGUCCAGCAGGUCGACAUUGACGCCGACGCCGUCCUCGGCGGCUCAAAGUACCCCGCCAAGGCGCACGCCCGGCGCGUGGCCGAGUACAUCCGGGCCAACCACGCCGACGCCUUCUCCUCGCCUGGCACGGCAGCAGGCGCCGGUGCGGGCAUCAUCUACGUCGAGGGCCGCGCCGACGGGCUCCUCGAGGACUGCGACGAGCCCGUGCCCUUCCGCCAGCGCCGCGCCUUCAUGUACCUCACCGGCGCGGCCGACCUUGCCGACGGCGCCGUCAUCUACGACAUGGCCACCGACAAGUCGAUACUGUUCAUCCCCCCCGUGGACCCGGAGCACGUCGUCUGGGCCGGGCUCCCGCUGUCCCCCGAGCAGGCACUCGCCAAGUACGACGUGGACGAGGUCCUGCCCAACACGGAGCUCAACCCGACCCUCGCCCGGCUCGGCGCGGCGAACCCCACCGCCACGCUGUUCGCCAUUGCCGACCGCGUCGCCGACCGCGUCACCUUUCUCGAGUUCGGCACCAAGAACCUGUCGGUGCUGGGCGAUGCCAUCGACGAGUGCCGCGUGGUCAAGGACGAGUACGAGGUCGCCCUGAUCGUCAAGGCGAACCGGGUCUCGGGCGCCGCGCACCGCGCCGUCAUGCAACGCACAAAGGGCGCACAGAACGAGUACGAGCUGCAGGGCGUCUUCCUGGGCGAGUGCGUGUCCCGCGGCGCAAAGGAGCAGGCGUACCCGUGCAUCGUGGCCAGCGGGCGCGACGCGGCCACCCUGCACUAUGUACACAACAACAAGCCCCUGGGCGGCAAGGAGCUGCUGCUCGUGGAUGCGGGUGCCGAGUGGGACUGCUAUGCUUCUGAUAUUACACGCACCUUCCCCAUCUCUGGAAAGUUCUCCCCGCGCGCCCGCGCAAUCUACGACAUUGUGCUCAAGAUGCAGCUCGACACCAUCGCGAUGCUCAAGGCCGGCGUGUCCUGGGACUCGGUGCACCUGCUCGCGCAUCGCAUCGCCAUCGAGGGCCUGCUCGAGCUGGGCAUCUUCAAGAAAGGGGCGGGGACGGUCGACGAGAUCCUCGAGGCCCGCACCAGCGCGGCGUUCCUCCCGCACGGCCUGGGACACUACCUCGGCAUGGACACGCACGACACGGGCGGCCACCCGAACUACGCGGACAAGGACCCGCUGUUCCGGUACCUGCGGGUGAGGAGGGACUUGCCGGCGGGCAGUGUGGUUACUGUGGAGCCUGGUAUCUACUUCUGCGAAUUCAUCAUCCGCCCCUUCCUCGCGGAUCCCAAGCACGCGCGGUUCAUCGACGAGGCCGUGCUGGAUCAGUACUGGGAUGUCGGUGGCGUGCGGAUCGAGGACAACAUCCUCAUCACGGAAGACGGGUCGGUCAACUUGACCGAUGCCGUCAAGGACGCCGCCGAGAUGGAGAAGAUCAUCCAGGGCGGUAGUGCCGCCUAA